AGCAUGUUUAAUUUUUAGCUCGAUUGCGGCGACUGAAUCUGCCAAUGCGACUAAUGCAGAACAAGAUCAUCCUGCACGCUUGUCGUCAGAUCAUCUGGGCAUCUUUCUGUUGGCUAUUUAAUACACUUACUGCAGUGACAAAAUAACAAUGGGGAAGUUUCUGAUAACUUUUUUGCUGUUUGUAUUGAUAAUAGUGUUUAUAAAAGCAUCGAAAUCGAAGCCGAAGAGUGGUGAAACAAAUGAAAAUAAAUCUGUAAGUUCAAAAUCAAGAAGUUUCUCGGAUGGGAAAGGAAACAGAAAUGAAUCUGCAAGUUCAGAAUCAAGAAAUUUCUCGAAAAAGAAAGGAAAGGGAAACGGCAGAUGUAAUGACCACGAUCAGUGCCCAGAUGACUAUGCAUGCUUAUUGGCAGAGGGAAAAAAAGUGAAGAAAUGCGUUCAGUGUAAUUGUUCGGAGACAAGCCAAUGUUAUCUUGAAAGGGAAACGACGUUCUGCAAUUGCUCAGGAACUGGGUUCACAGGACAAUAUUGUGAAACAUUGCUACCGCAAUGUCCAAUGGGAUGGUAUCAAAACAGAAACAGCUGUUACAUCUAUGACUGCACGGCGCGUGAUUGGCUGUCCGCUGUUUCGCACUGCCAGUCCCUUAGUCCGAACGGAUAUCCGAACUCUUAUCUUAUUGAGAUAACAGAUGAAGAGGAAAGCCAAGUUGCAUUUGCCAUUUCAAGCAUUACGGGUGUUUCAAGUAAUUCAUACCAUCUUGUAUACUUGCAGUUUUAUAUAUGAGCCGUGUCACGACAA